AUGAAAUAAAAAAAUAAGAUGCAACUUCCUUGUUGUAAGAAUCAUGAUUUUUGUGGUAUAAAAUAUGAUUUUCAUGUGAGUGAUAAGAGUCAAAUUUAAAUUUAAGAAGAGAGAGUGAAUAUAUAUUUAAUAUAAUAAGGCUGUUUCUGCAAAUGUAGACUAAUUUAGAUAAUCAAAAGGAUUGAGUGAAGAAUAAUAGAUAGGUUUAGGUGAACUGACAGAAUAAGCUUUAGAUGAUUGGUAUUGUUAAUCACAAAAUAGACCUAUGGAAUAAUUACUUAAUAAUAAGAAAAGAUUUUAUGUUCCAUAAUAAUAUGCAGAUGAACUAAAAAGUAGAUACAGAUUACCUACAACUUAGAAAGGAAUGAAGGAGUAUUUAUUCACAGAUUAAAUAUCUAAAAAUGAAAAAUAUAUAAUUCAAAAUGGUGAGAGUAUUUUAAAUCCCAAGAAUUUGCUUUUUAAUCAUGUUAAAUUAGAACCAAAAAUAAUGUUAUAUGGAUAGCCAAUUUAAGAAAGAGAAGAUAAGAAGUUAAAGAGAAAAUAAGUGGGAUCUAGAAGAAGAGGAGUAUUAUUAUAAUCUGAUGAUAACUAUAAAAGAUUAAGUAGUGUUGAUAAUUAGUCUAGAAGAUAUAGUAUUCACGAAUAACCAAUAAAUUAGAAUUAAUAAUCUAAAACAAUUGAGAAUCAUAUUUUUUUAUAGAAUUAUGAAAACAUUACUAGAAAUUUUUCAAAAAAUGAAGAGGUUCCAUUAUCAUUUGCUUAUAAGGAAAUUAAUGAAUUAUAAUAGUAAAUAGAAAAAUAAGAAAAAAGGAAAUUACCAGAAGAAUAUCAAUUAAUAAAAUGUGAGAAUAGUUAAUAAGAAAAAUAAAUGAUUGACAAUAAUUUUAGAUCAAUGAUGAAAUUUUAUUAAAAGGAAUAAACAGAAAUUAGAAAAUAAUUAAAUUAAGCAGUUUAAUCAAUUAAAUAAAUUAUUAACCCAGAUUCUGAUUAAGAAUAAAAAUUAUCAAAUAUUAAUUUGAUUCCAAAACCUUUUUAAUUUUAAUAAACAUAGCAAUCUCAAAAUUAAAUUCCAAAUUUUGAAAAGAUAUCUUAAGGUUAUUAAACAAAAAAAAAUUCAGAAACUCGUACUAGAAUUCAUACAAUAGAUGAAAUGGAGAAUUCUCUAUUAACAAGUGAUAUGAUUACAUGUAUAAAAUACUCAAAAUAAAAUGAUGAUAAUCAAAUAAAUAAAUAAAAAUUAGAAGGCAAUUUAGUGGAUAAGAUAAAUCAUAAACUUAUGAAAGAAGAAAAACUUAAGAUGUGUGAAACAGAUUCUAUUGAUUACAAACCUUAAGCAUCAAUUAAAUAAACAAGAUAGAUAAGAUCAUCAUUUUAAUAGAAUCGUAAGAUUUCAUCAGUUAGUCGUAAGACUACUGUUAAUAAUAAUUUAAACAUGUCAUUAAGUGUAAACAAAGGAAAUCCUAGUUAGAAUGUUACUAAAUAAAUUAUUGCUUGGUAUAAUAAGGAUUCAAAGAAUUAUUAAGAACCAAAAUAAUAAGAUUAAAAUUCUAAUGUUCCAGAAAUUAAAUAAUUAUUUAAUUACAUAAAUUAAGGUAGAAGUGAAAAUGUAGAAAUUAACGAAGAAGAAGAUUUACUUUAUAUUUAAUAGCUUAUAAAUCCACCUAUACCAAACAAAUCUGUAAUGCUAUCAAACAAAUAAUCAGAUAUAAGUGUUGUUAAUUCUAAAUAAUUAAUGUCAAAAACUAAACAUUUAUUAAAUAGUAAUUCUGAAACUAGAAUAAAGUAUAAAACUGAGUUAAUUAAUUUUAAUGCUUCAUUAGAAGAAAAAUAUGAAAAACAAUAGGAUGACAAAUUCUUUUGGUAUAAUAAAGGUAUUAAACACAUGAAAGAUAAUAUUGAAACAGCUUUACAUUGUUUUAAAUAAGCAUUGAUUGCUAAUCCUUUAGAAUCUAAUGCUGUAUAAUUAGUAGCAAUAAUCUAUGAAAAAAUGGGUAAAAUUAUGACUGCAAAGAAAUGGUUUUAAUUAGCUUUAUAAUUUGCAGAUACUAAUUAACUUAAAUUUCGAUAUGCACUUUGUUUAUAUAAAACUGGAUCAUUUAAAGCAUCACAAUAAUUAUUAGAUUUAAUAAUAUGCAAUGAUAAUUCAAAAGAUAGAUCUCUAUAUGUUUAUUUAAGAGGAAUUUGUGCAAAAAGAAUGUUCAAUUUAGAGAGAGCUGCAGAAGAUUAUAAAAUUGUCAAAGAGUCUUCAAGAGCUACAAAUUAUAGUCUUUGUAUUCAUUUUAUGUUGGCUGUAUUAUUUAGUUAAAAAAGAUAACUUGAAAUUAAAUUUAAUCCAUUAGUUUUUUGUGAAUUUCAUAAAUUAGUAACAUCCAUUAUUGAAUAAGAUGUAUAUAUUGAAAAUCUUGUUAAAUUUUGGAUUAAUGAAUAAUGGGUUAGAGAGGAUGAGUUAUUAAUUGAACUUAAAUCAACAAGUUUUUUUAAAAGGAUUGCUAUAAGCAUUUUGGUAUUAAUAUCAUUCAUUAAUAAAGAAAGUAUUUUUGAAGAAAAUGAAAUUAAUUGUGGUCGAAAAGGACAAUGUAAUUUUCCCUAAAGAAAAUGAAGUACACAUAAUUGUUGCAGGAAAUGUCAAUGUUUAUGAUCAUAGAGUAUAAUAUAAAAGACCUGACAUUAUUGGUAAUGAUAAAUAUUGAAAUAAAGCUAAUUACAAAUAAGGAGAUAUUCUAGGAUGUCCAGACAAAGAUAAUGGUUUAUGUAAUAUUUCUGAUAUUUGGUUUUUAACUUAAACAAGAUUAGAAUUAAUUUCAAUAUAGAAGAAUUAUUUUGAAGAAUUAUGGGAAGCUUAACAAUAGAUGGAAGGUAUUGAAUUAUUAACAAGAUUAUAAUAAUUAUCGAUUUUUAAAGGAGUUUCAAUUUUAACUCUUUAUAAAUUAGUUUAUGAAUUGAUGGAGAAAAAACAUCUCAAAAAAAAUGCUGUUUUGUUUAAUGAUGGAUCAUAUUAUGAAAAUUUUGAUUACAUCCAUCUUAGAAAAUAAACAAAAGCAACAAUUCAAAUGACUCACAGAUUGAUAGAUUAAUAUAAACAUUGUCAUUUUCAAAGUAAAUUUAAAAAAUUGAUUAUUAAACAUAAACAUAAAAUUGACUAACUUAAAUAUAAUAGAAUGCAUUUAGAAGGAUUUUUUAUAAUGCUUUCAGGUAUGUGUGAAAUUGAAAAUUCCAACGGAUUCAAUAAUUAUUACAUUAAAUAUGGAGACUAUUUUGGUGAAACAUUAAUGUUCAAUACUAAAGGAUUUAAUUCUUAUGGUCGUAUAAGGGCUUUUUAAAAUGAUGUUACAAUAUUAAAAUUAAGCAGAUUUCAUUUUAAUAAAAUUCCAACUUUAGAUGUAUAUUUUAUAAUUAUUCAUAUAGUUAAAAAUUAUGGAGAAAAAUUGUAAAAGUAGGCAAGAAAUUUUGGAUUUAGAUCGAAUUUACAAAUAACGAUAAAAAAUUAAAGAAAUACAUUAAUAAAAAUAACAUUAACUUUUGAUUUGA